AUGGCUGAAAACGAGAACCAUCAUACUAGAUUUAAUUCAACUCGAAAACCUCAUUCACAAACAACUUCAUUACUUCGUAUACCAAGAAAAUCUUUGUCAUCACCCACUAGUCCAAUUAAUAAAAGAAAUUUAAACGAAAAUCGAUCUUCUCGUAGCCGUCAAUUAUGGAAUAUAGCUAUUGAUAGUGUGCUUGAACAUGAAAAAUGUAUAGAAACGUCAACACCAGCGACUUCAUCAACGACUAAUAAUGCACCAAUUGGAUGGUAUAAUUUAACAAAGCGGUAA